CCACCCCCAACUCGGGCUCGGAGCGGCGGCCUGAGGAACCCCGAGCCCAGGCCCCUGAGCGGGAGGGAUGGAGAACUCUUCAGCAGCGUCCGCCUCCUCCGAGGCCGGGAGCAGCCGCUCCCAGGAAAUUGAGGAGCUGGAGCGCUUCAUCGACAGCUACGUGCUGGAGUACCAGGUGCAGGGGUUGCUGACCGACAAGACAGAGGGUGACGGCGACAGCGAGAAGACGCAGUCCCACGUCUCCCAGUGGACAGCAGACUGCAGUGAGCAGCUGGACAGCAGCUGUUCCUUCUCCCGAGGACGAACGCCUCCGCAGCAGAAUGGCAGCAAAGACACCUCUCUGGACAUGCUGGGCACAGAUAUCUGGGCUGCCAACACCUUUGAUUCCUUCAGUGGUGCCACCUGGGACCUGCAGCCUGAAAAGCUGGACUUCACCCAGUUCCACAGGAAGCUUCGACACACGCCCAAGCAGCCCCUGCCACACAUCGACCGGGAAGGGUGUGGAAAAGGGAAGCUGGAAGAUGGGGAUGGAAUCAACCUGAACGACAUCGAGAAGGUCCUCCCGGCCUGGCAGGGCUACCACCCGAUGCCCCACGAGGUAGAGAUCGCGCACACGAAGAAGCUGUUCCGGAGGAGGAGAAAUGACCGCAGGCGGCAGCAGAGACCCCCAGGAGGGAACAAGCCUCAACAGCACGGUGACCACCCGCCGGGCAGUGCCAAACACAACAGGGACCACCAGAAAUCCUACCAGGGGGGCUCGGCACCCCACCCCUCAGGGAGGUCCAGCCACCACGGCUACAGCCAGAACCGGCGCUGGCACCACAGCAACAUGGAGCAUCCUUCCGGCGACAAGGGGAAGGCAGGCGCCCACCGCAACGCCAAAGAGACCGUGCCCACGGAGGGCCCCAGACUCGAGGAUGCCCUGGGGGAUGCUGGGCACGGCGGCCUCGAGUCCCCCCGCAGCCCUGAUGCCCUGGCCCUAGCGGCUUCCGAGAGGCUCACCCUGCUGCAGCCGGGGUGUCCAGAGGCCGAGACAAAGCUUAAAGACAGUAUUAUUCCUGAGCGCGGCGGGGAGCGCCCCAAAAUUACCCUGCUCCAGUCUUCCAAAGACAGGCUGCGGCGAAGGCUGAAAGAAAAGGUACCGGAUGAAGUGGCUGUGGAGACCACCAGCCCUCAGCAGAACAAGAUGGACAAGUUGAUUGAGAUUCUGAACAGCAUGCGGAACAACAGCAGCGAUGUGGAUGCCAAGCUCACCACCUUCAUGGAGGAGGCCCAGAACUCCACCAACUCAGAGGAGAUGCUGGGGGAGAUCGUGCGCACCAUCUACCAGAAGGCCGUGUCCGACCGCAGCUUCGCCUUCACGGCCGCCAAGCUCUGCGACAAGAUGGCGCUCUUCAUGGUGGAGGGGACCAAGUUCCGCAGCCUGCUGCUCAACAUGCUGCAGAAGGACUUCACGGUGCGGGAGGAGCUGCAGCAGCAGGAUGUGGAGCGUUGGCUGGGCUUCAUCACCUUCCUGUGCGAGGUCUUCGGCGCCAUGCGCAGCAGCACGGGCGAGCCCUUCCGCGUGCUGGUCUGCCCCAUCUACACCUGCCUCAGGGAGCUCUUGCAAUCUCAGGAUGUGAAGGAAGAUGCCGUCCUGUGCUGCUCAAUGGAGCUGCAAAGCACAGGCCGACUGCUGGAGGAGCAGCUGCCCGAGAUGAUGGCCGAGCUCCUGGCCAGCGCCCGCGACAAGAUGCUGUGCCCCUCGGAAUCCAUGCUGACCCGGUCCCUGCUGCUAGAGGUCAUCGAGCUGCACGCCAACAGCUGGAACCCCCUGACACCCCCCAUCACACAGUACUACAACAGAACCAUCCAGAAACUGACCGCCUGACAGCUCGGGGGCCUGGCGGGCAGCCCGCAGGGCAGCUGGGGCCCUGGUGCUCAGAGCCAGAUGGACAGGCGGGAAGACAGGGGUGGCCCUGGCGGGAGAGAGGCGUGGGGAGGAAGGCAGGCAGAGCCGGCGGCCAGCCUGGAGCCAGACGGGGAAGGGACCGAAGCCCUAGGAGGAACAAACCCCCAUCCGACGAGCCCCCCAGCCCGAGCAUGCGGCAGCUCGCACCAGUAAGGGCAGCAUGUGUCUUCUCCACAGUGGCCCGGCCCUCCUCCUCCCCGCCCCCUCCCAUGCAAGGCGUCCUCCCCCCUGCCCCCCGCUGGGCUGUGCCGUGUGCAGGGGUUCAUCUCCUCAGAGGCCGUGGCAGCCUGCAUGCUGGGGUACAGCUUGGGUCAGAAAGGACCUCAGAAGGCUGAAGAAAGUGGGUCGGAGAUGGGCUUGCAUUGUUCCCGCGUGCUGUCAGCCACAGUCGUCAACCGGCAGCAGGCGACAUGUAGCAGAUGUCCGGGAGGACAAAGGCAGGCACAGUCCCCACCAGCCGCCCCUAAUUGAUGGCCUUUGUCCGCGCGGCCGGCGGGCUGGGGGACGGGGCGAUCUCCUCUAACCUUCGCGUUCGGCCCUCCCGCCUUCCAGCCUUGUCCCUCAGCGCCCCCCACCCCUGAGCUGCAGGCCCAGAGGGGGCCAGGGGCCUCGAGGGGAGACAGAGUUUGCAGUUCUACUUGCACUCCUUUGUUUUAUUGUGUUUCACUGUUUUCAAAAGUCAGCUGCUUUGAAGUCUCCUCUCUCAGUGCCGAGGGCCCCGCAAUGUGAUCACACAGUCAGCCCCGCGAGAAACCCCUGAUUAGUGGGAGAUCAAACCCGGCCCCCCUCUGGAAGGAUCCUAGCCACAGACGGCUUGCCAGUAGCCAAUUAGGGUAAUUGGAAACUUCUGCCCCUGCAGGGGUCCCCGCUGGAACCCCAUGCUCCUCGGCCCCUGGCUUCUCUGUUCUCUGUUUCUAGCUUCCUUCCUCAAAGGGCCGAUACUGUCGCCGCUGGGAGAGCGUUAAACCUGUCCUGGCCUGGGGCCUGGUAGUGAACCGGACUCAGAAAGAGGCUGGCGAAUUAAAACCGAAAAGCCCAGUGAUGCUUCCCCGUGCCACACACACAGGUCUUGUCUCAAGCUCUCCCUGGGGGGCAGAUACAAGGGAGAGGGGGACACCUGGUUCCCUGGGACUAACUCAACGAGCUGAGUCCUCAGCCGUGGUCUGUGCCCGCUGGGGGGCCUGUCUCUGGGUACUACUGCCCCAGGGCUGGUGGGAGGGGUGUGUUUGCUGAGUCAUGAGCAGGACUGUCAGGGGAUCCCAGCAAGCCACCCGCUUUCCAGGCUGGCAUAAAGGCUGGGGACGCUUGGAGAGGCCAAGUCCUGGGGGCAGCCCCUUCUCUGAUGGCUGGGGAGGAGGAUGAGGGGCGGGCCCUGGGAGGCUGGCUUCGGGUCGUCUCUGGUGUCUGCACAGCCCCACUCCUGGUCUGGAGCCCCCAUUUCCGUGAGGCCUCAGAAUGUGGCCUCAGAGCCCAGCAGUGUCCUUACUUGCUCUUCGGUUGAGGCCUGGGUCACCUUGAACCCCUACCCCUGGCUGACUGGUCUGAUCAGGCUGGAGGAAAUGUCCCCUUGUUGAGUCUAGGAGAGCAGACGGGUGGGGGUGGGGGGCGGCUUCCUCUGUACCCCUGGCUUAUCCAUCCCACCAGCCGCCACCUGCCCGCCAGUCCCCAGGAAGAGCCUGUUAGGGAACAAGGGGAGGGGCACAGUUUACUUGGAAGAGGUCAGUGGCCUCUGCCAAGGAGUCCACACUGUCCCACCCCUGCCUUCUCUGCCCCCUCCCCUUCCUCCCAAGCUCCUCCAUCUUCUCACUGCCUUUCCUGCAACUUUUGGCUCAGUCUGGGCCCAGGGACACCAGAGGCCCCACAGGAGGCCUUGAGGGAAGAGCUGGGCUGACGUCAGGAUGCUCAGAGAGGCACCAGGGAAAUCGCGGCCCCACGGGGUCAAGCAGCCCCCAGCCCGGCAAGCAGCCGCUCCCUGGCUGCCCUCUGAGACCCGCACCUGGGCUGAAGGAAGGCCCUGCUUCCCUCAAGAGAGGUGUGUGUGAGUGUGAAUGUGUGUGUGUGUCUACAUGAGUGCAUCUACUGAGAAGGAAGCAGGGCCCCGGAAGAACGCUGAAGCCUAAAAGUGAGGCUGAAAGUAGAGGAAGCAGAAGAGGGGGUCUCCCACCCCAGCCUUGGGCUCAGAGAGCAGGCUACCUGAAGGGGCCCCAGACACCACGCGCUCGGGGGCGAUGUUCCCUGGACGGCUGGGCAAGUUAACAUCUCGGGCACCGCCUUCCUAAGGGCCCCUUCCUCCCGACAGCCUGCCUUGGUGGUCUUGCCUCAGGGCCAGCCCCGCCUUGACUGUUAGGACCAGAGUGGGAAGGAGUGAGCUAUAAAUAUGUAUACAUAUAUAAAUAUAUUUUUAAUUACGUGUCGUGUCACCGUGGCCUCCAGACAUAUAUGGUUCGCUUAGUUAAUUCCACUGCUUGAGCGCGCUUCCUGGCUGAUCUGCAUAACCGUCGAAGCUGUGUUUCUAAAUGCAGGUUGCUGCCACUUUUUCAGAUGUGGAAGGAAAACGUUCCCCCGCCCCCCCCCCCCAAAAAAAUUUUUUUUUUAAGGAAAAAAGAGUAAAGCCUAAACUCUGAGGCAGCUUCUCACAGGAGACUACUUAGGAACUCGGGGGCAGACAGGUGCCCUCAGACCUCCGCCCCCGCCCCAGGCCAGAUCCCCUUGCUGACAGGGAGGCCGUGUCCGAGUUGACCUCUGAAUGUAUUUGAUGGGAGGCGAAACCGGGUGUUGCUUAGUCCUCUGAGUUCUCAGUCCUCUUCUAAGGCUUGUGCGGUUUUCCCUCCUCGCCCGUGGCUCCCACAGCUCUGAGGAGGUCCCGCCAUCCUGACACGCGUCCUGUUUCUCCUGCCAGUCAAGACGAGGCAGUCACGGUUUUCCUCUCAGGCAGCCCGCCUGCUCGCCACAGUCCUGCUCCCACGGGCCUCAUGGCUCUGCCUGAGCUCUGGGACCGCAGAGGCACCCCCUCACCACCCGCAGCCUCCCUUGGGAGGCGGGAGCCCCCCGCACCCUCCCCAGCAGGUGUGCACCCCCAAACCCACUCUUCGUCUACUCAUCCUUCCUUAACCUGUCUGUACACCUUUAAGGUUUGGGGAUCGUCCUGUCCAUCCGUGUAAAUGUAAAUGUGGGCCGAGUCGGUAUUUAUUCUAAUUUUUAUUUUUUAUUUUAUUUUCUCUGAUGGCUGGGGAGGGAGGGGGUGUGGGAAACAUACCGCUCUGAUCACGCCCUGGGCAGCUGCAGGGGCGGGGGCCCAGACAGCCAGGCCGCCGCAGGAGCAGCCCCGAGGGGCCGCAAAGACGCCAAGCCCCAGGCUCUUAUCUGGCAUCAGAAGCCGGCCAGUGUUCCUCGUCCCGACAGACUGUCCAGCCUGCCCGCGAAGUCCUGUCCCUCAGCUGCCGGCGCUCUGUUGGGAAACUGCAGGCUGGGCCUUUGAGGACACAGAUCAGAGAAACGGCAACUCUCCUCCUCUGUUCGGGACACUGGCACAUAAGGGCUGCCUGCCUCGCCUGAGCCAGCUGGGAGCCUGGCGACGGGUCCUACCUCCCCAGAGCAGGGGGCCGGGGGCUUCCUGCCAAAGCUGCGGCAGAACCCUGCUCAUGCGACGACCACCUUCCCUCCCUUGGUAUGUCCUGCUUUCCAGCUCAACCCAAACUACAAGUGGGUUUA